ACCAUAUUCGUGGGUCGCCUCUCAUGGAACGUCGACAAUGACUGGCUUGCCAGCGAGUUCGCCGAAUGUGGAGAAGUUGUGAACGCGCGCGUCCAGAUGGAUCGCAACACUGGCAAAUCACGCGGUUUCGGCUAUGUCGAAUUCAAGACCGCCGAGGCUGUCGAAAGUGCGCUCAAACUCAAUGGCAAAGAAAUUGAUGGCCGCCCUGUCAACAUUGAUAAAUCUCAUGGUGUCGACAAGUCUACUUCUCGCGACAACAGGGCCAAGACCUUUGGCGAUAGCACCAGCCCUCCUACAAGCACCUUGUUCGUCGGUAACUUGAGCUAUGACGCGACGGAAGACGCGCUGUGGGAAGUGUUCGCUGAAUACGGUGAGGUCAAGAGCAUCCGCGUUCCCACCGACCGCGAGACUGGCAAGGUCAAGGGUUUUGGUUACGUCGAGUUCACCGACUUAGAGUCAUCGAAGAAGGCUUUGGAGGCUUUGAAUGGACAGGACAUCGCGGGGAGGAACGUCAGGUUAGACUACUCGCAACCUAGAGACGAUAGCGGUGGAAGCCGUGGCGGUCGUGGCGGAGGAGGAUUCGGAGGCCGUGGUGGGGGUCGUGGUGGAGGCCGGGAUGGAGGCUUUGGCGGCCGAGGUGGUGGAGGUUUCGGCGGUCGGGGUGGUGGACGUGGUGGACCCCGUGGUGGUGGACGUGGUGCUCCUCGUGGACGCGGUGGUCCUCGCACAGGAGGUAUCACGUCGUUCGAGGGCAAGAAGACUACGUUUGCGUGA